GCCAACAGGAGGACGAGACAAGAGGCUGAUUCUGUAAAAAAAAAUAUAUAUAUAUAUAUAUAUAUAAUUUCAUGUUACUUCUCCUCCAUUUAUGAAUCUGGCAAAUUAUUCCUACUACCCUGGCAUGUGCAACAUGACCGCCGAGACGCAGGAGUCUCCGGCCGAGGCCAGCCCGGUGGUCCUCUCCCCCAACGUCAGCCUGGACUCCCCGCUGCCUCCCCUCAUGAUCCAGGCCCGCUCCAAGGACGGCGUCCUCAUCAAGUCGGAGCCGCGGGGGACCAGCCCGGACACCGCCGCCGACGACGGCGUCAUCCUGCAGGGCCAGACGGAGGAGCACCUGCCCACCGGCAGCCGCCGGAGGAAGAGGCCGGUGCAGAGGGGCAAGCCCCCGUACAGCUACAUUGCUCUUAUCGCCAUGGCCAUCGCCAACUCCCCGGAGAGGAAGCUCACACUGGGGGGGAUUUAUAAAUUCAUUAUGGAGCGUUUUCCGUUCUACCGGGAGAACUCCAAAAAGUGGCAGAACUCCAUCCGCCACAAUUUGACCCUCAACGACUGUUUUGUCAAGAUCCCCCGGGAGCCUGGAAGACCGGGGAAGGGCAACUACUGGACGCUUGACCCCGCCGCGGAGGACAUGUUCGACAACGGGAGUUUCCUCCGGAGACGUAAGAGGUUCAAGCGGACGGAUGUGAGCACCUACCCGGGGUACAUGCAGAGCUCCAGCGCCUUCACCCCCACGCCCGUGGGGAGGCCCGCCUACCCGAACACGCUGUACGCCGGGUACGGGGCCUCGUCCCCGCACCCGGCCAUGCUGCAUCACUACCAGGCGUCGGCGGGGGUCUGCCAGGCCCAGCCGCGCAUGUUCAGCAUCGACAAUAUAAUCAGCCCGCAGACGCUCAUGCAAGGCGGGGAGCUCAACCCCCAGGGGCUCGGAGGGGGCGACUUGUCCGCCAUGGCGUCGAGCUGCUCGGUCACCGGCGGGGACCCGGCGGCGUGUUUCCAGACCCAGACGGUCAACAACCAGUCCGCCAACAUGUUGUGCAGAAACAGCGGGGGCAUCUCCAACAUGACCCCUGGGUACGCGUACUCCUCCCCGGCCUCGCCUCCCGGCCUCUCCGGCAUGGCUCAGACAGGGUUCUCCCCCGGGGGCUCGCAGGUGUACUGCCCGGGCAACAGGCUCUCUUUGCCGGCUUUGAGGCCGAGCUCCUGCGCGGAGCACACGGAGCAGCUGCUGGGUCUCUCCGGGCCCAUGAACAAUUACAACAACUCCUACAUGAGACAGGCCAACUUUGCUUCAGGAUUGGAGAGAUAUAUGUGACAUUUGCAUUAAAACUGACUUUUGUUUGCUGGGGAUCUGAGCCGAGGAUUGUGGCUUGUGCAGCCCUUUGAGACACUUGUGAUGAAGGGCUACAUAAAUACACUUUGAUUGAUUGAUUGGUUGAUUUUGGCUGUCAUCAAAUACAGUUGAGUCAUUUUAGGGUCAAGCUGAUAGAACAUUCCAUUUAGAAAGGUAUAAAGCCAUGUAGCAUAUAUCAUAUUAUAUGUUUAAAACAUUCCAUGAUCUCAGAUAUUUAACUCUUUUACUGUAUUUGAAAAUAUGCCUGUGUGUUUUCAUCAAGUUCUGCUAUUUUUUUUAAAACGUUUUAUCUCUGUGAUUUUAAAUAAAUUCAUUUUUCAAAAUAAAAGCGCCCUCUAAAACGGACAUUUUUGUUAAAGGGGUUCAUUUGACCAAUUAAUAACUGUGUCAUUACAGUCAGGUGGGCCUGCUCAUUUGAAAGCAAUAUUCACUUUUUAAAACUAAAAAUAUUUGUUUGUUAUUUGCUAAAAGCAAAAUGGGCAAUAUUUUAAGAGCAUGCACAACAAGGUGUGCAUAAUAAAAUCCCAAUUUUGAUAUACAGGUUAGAAUUUUUACCAUUUUUGCUGAAACGAUUGUAAAACAAAUUUUAUUAGUUUGAUCACUUUUAUUACAGUCACCUGAGGAGAAUUAGUCAAAAUUUAUGCUUAAUCUUCACUAAUUCUGCAUGCAAUUAGCAAGGGAGAUAAAAUGAUAAUAUGGCUUGUGUAGCCCUUUGAGACACUUGUGAUUAAGGGCUAUAUAAAUAAACUUUGGUUGAUUGAUUGAUUUUGGCUGUCACCAAAUACAAUUGAGUCAUUUUAGGAUCAAAAACAUUCCAUUUAGAAAGGUGUAGCAUAUACUGUAUUAUAUUAUAUGUCUAAAACA